UAAAAGCAACCUCCGUCAGGAUCGCAUCAGCUGGUCUCUAGUCGCCUUGCUUCUUCCUCCACUCCUUCGUCCCCUCCGGCAACGAACGCGCGCGUAUCGAGAACCAAUUAAUCGCUCGUUAAUUUCUCUUUCGACACACCGUGAAAUGUCGUAAAAGAUCGAGAGGGCCCGAUAAAAGGGGGGAGAUGUACCUUCUUCUCUGUCCGGACGCGAAACGCAGGAUUGAUCAGUGGAAGAAGUCGCGAGAGGAUACGGAAUACAGUGUCUUCCGAUCGAUCGUUCUACACGAUCGAUUGGCAAAUCAAUAAUAAUGGCAUGGUUCUUUGCGUCACGCGAGUGUAUCAUCGUUCCACGACGAAGCGAGUGAUCGGAUCGUUAUGAGAGAGGCGAUCGUGCGAGGAAAUCGACAGGUGAUGAUCUAACGAUCGCCUUGCGUUCGAUCGAAGAUCGUCAAGCGAUGAGCGCCAAGCGCAGAGUGUUGAACGCCCUGGAUGGGCUUAUUAUUAAGUGUGAUCGUGGGAUCGUAUGCUGGGUGUUCCUUCUGUGGUAUCUCGCGUUCCUGCCAUGCAUCGUCGAAGCCACCAAACCGGGGAUAUGCGCCAUGAACGGCUGCAACUGCACCGUCAAGGCGCACCGUUGGAUUAACGUCAAGUGCGUCUUCUCCAAAGAACAGAAUGUGGAGCUGCUGGAAGGAACGAUCCCACCGGAGGCGACGGAACUCGAGGUCUCGCACUGUCGGGAACUGAGGAUACAGACGGGCGCGUUCGGCGGGGGCGCGCCUCUAAAACGCGUCCACGUUUCCGGGAUCUACAGCGUGGUCGCCAAGAGGCAGGCCUUUCAAAAUAUCAGCGCGCCCAACACGCAUCUCGAGGUGUCCGAAUGCAAUAGCGUGUUCCUGGAGAGUCACGCGUUCCGGAACACGCGCGGAACGCUCAGCGUCUCGAUAUCGCGGUGCAAACACGUGGAGAUAAAGCCGAACGCCUUCUCGUGGUUGCUGUGGAUCAUCGUGAAGGAAGUGCCGUCCUUGGAGCUCUCCAGCAAUGCCUUUAAAUUCGAAGCGCCUCAACACGGACGACACGGACCAGCGACCAAGAUAAUGUUCCAAAAAGUGAGGAUCGCGGAAUUACCCAAGGCAGUAUUUCCUUCGGCCGUCGCGGAAAUACGAAUGGACGACAUCUGGACGAAGAUUAUACGCAAGGACGCUUUCUGUGCCAUGACCAUCUUCAACGUCGUCAUCAGCAACGCGUCGAUCCACGAGAUUCAAUCCGGCGCCUUCAGCGACAGAGCCCUCAUCCACAGCCUCGAGUUCGUCGAUGUGCAACUUAAGAAUAUCAAUACGGCGGCCUUCAGAGCCGGUCACGACAAUCUGACUAUUCAAUAUUCAAGAUUAUCCGAGGUGGACACUGGUGCCAUCAAUACGUCAGCGGCGACCGUCACCUUCAGCAACAACGAGUUUCAACAUCUGCGGCCAGGUGCGAUUGUGCUCCACCAGUGGAACUACAUAGCGAUCGACAACAAUCUCUUCGUCGAUCUCGAGAGCGAGGCUAUUAAAGCGGAGGUAGGCGCCACUUCCGGGCCCAAUUUCGAAUUCUCCUUCACCGGUAAUCACAUACAAAAGGCGCGGGCGGGUGCGCUCAAAUUCGUGGCAAUCUCGCAAAACGUGAACGCGGCGCGCGUCGGCAAUAAUUACUUCAAGGAGAAGUGUAGCUGCAAUCUCGAGGAGUGGGUGCGCGAACUGACGGGACGCGACAACUUAGCUUUGAUGAUGAUGAUUACGGAGUCCAGUUAUUGCGUAGUCGAUCAGUUCCUGGACAAAUGCCUCAAUUUGUCCGAGGGUUACAUGACUAUGCGCAACUUUACGCAGCUCAUCUGCACGAAGCGGCAUCAUAUCAAUUGCGAGAGACCGUCACCGAAACCGAAGCCGAGCAUCAGUCCACCCAGCGUAGGCCCGCAUAUUUACCCAAGGCAGAAAGGAUACUUCGACAUGGAAAUGAGCGAGACAGAGCAGAUCGAGCGUGAGAAGAGGAUUAUCGUCAUCGUCUGUAUCGUGGCGGUCUUCAUCGUUGUCGUGGCAAUCCUGACCUCGGGAAUCCUCUACGUGCGUCGUCGCGGGGUCUGUCCCAAACUGACAUCCAGCCCACUGACGAAUCUAACGAGCUGGUUCUCGUCCAGCAACGGCAUGACCGCCGCGACGUCCGCCAGGUCGAUCUCGCGGUUGAGCGUGCACGAAUACGUCGGUCUCCAGCCGGAAACCAGGAUCCUCCAAAUGGAGCCUCAGGCGAGUAUUCAAGAGGACGACGAUGAUGAGAACGGCGACGUUUAUCCGUACACGGAGAACAAGGCCACGCAGACGUUACCGGAAGAACUCACGGAGGAAUACCUGAGAGAUCUUCGAGAUCGACUGAGCGACCCCGACAAUUACAGCCAGGCGAGAGACAUGAUCGAGCACCUGUACGACCUCAUCAAGGUCGAGGAGAGCUGCAACAACAAUAACGAUCAGCAACCGGCGGCCGAUCGGGAGGAGAACGCCUACGAUGUGAUCCGGCCAAGGGUCAAGAGAUCCCGCGGAGCAGCCAGACCGUCCGUCAACAUCGGCACCAAAGCGCCGUCCUUGGAGAAGUUACUGCCAAGCGGGAUACAAGUCAGACCACCCAUUACGGAAUACGCUCAACCACGCGAUCAACGGACCAGCGACCAGAAUCAUCUAUACGCCGAGUUGCCGGGCGACGAGACGGUUCCCAGCACCAGUCGACUGUCGCAACCAAUCCUAGAGAGCCUGAUGGGUCGAGGGCCACAGCCGCUACCACCAGACGUGGUUAACGAUCAUCUCGUCAGCAAUGAUGGUCCACCAAAGAACCUAGGCUACGGUGUUGAUGAUCGCGGACCAUCGCGGAAUCUAGAACUGGAUUCUACCCGCAGGGAUCAACCUGCCAGGCCGAUGAGCUUCCUCAAGGUGCUCGGCGAGAGUAUCCUGGGCACGACCAACAAGAUGAACAACAAAAGGCCGAAUUCGCUGUUAUGUGAAUAUGCCGAGCCCUCGGACGCGACCGCUCAUCUGUACUCGGAACUACCGGAACCCCAACAGACGUCCGCGUCCACUAGCAAGAUGGCCAACAGGCCGCUGCCAACCAAGCCUGAUCAGGAUUCCGUCGUCGCAAACGCGGCCGAAGCGUAGCGGCGUCCAUUAUCUGUGAUAUAAGUGUUACGUGUUGUCGCGACAACAAAGACUAUAAAGUGUCCUUUCUCUUUCUCGCCUCGAUUGUACGAAAGAAAGUGUUCGCGUCGAAGCGAUUGCGUAAGAGAGUUUGCACCGGACGAGUCACGUGGAGCCUCUCUCGGAUAAUGUGUGCGUCUGUGUCACAAUAGCGAGAGGAAAUACGUCGAAAAUUAGUGCAAUUCAUGCAAGGCUCGACCGAGACAAACCCGCGUGUCGGGUAACGAAGUGUUCUUACUUUCAAACUGUGCGUGCAUGAAUAAGCCCUUGUUUAGAACAAUCGCGAGCGUAGCAACCAGUAUCAUUCGGAUGAUUUUGUGAAAGGGGAGGACAAGUCCGAAUAUCGACCAAAGUGCCACGCUUACCGGAAAAUACCGGGGCGAAUCGUGCCAAAAUUAUUAAUGCAUUUCACGUAUACGGUUGUACAUGCCGACACUCGUAACGCAAUAAUAGUUCAAUGGACCUAUCUAUUACUAAACAUCCGAUUAAUGAAACGUCAAAAAAUAUCGCGAGAGAAAUCCAAGGAUUUAUUUAUCCGUGAGAAAGAUGGAUGUAACAUAAAUUUAUAUAUAUUUGCUUCAGGUAUUAUUAAAUAAGUAUUUUACACA